AUUAAAAGCCGUGACGUCAGAAACAGGCAGUGAAAGCUAGGUCGUCCGACUAUAGUACUGAGUUGUAAAAUGUCGCCGUAAACAAACGCAGAAUACGUUAAAAGACGCGGUUUAUCCAGCGGAAACAGGAGAACAUUUCUGCCAUGGUGCGGGCUGUAUGGGCGGUGCUUCGGAGACUGUCCUGCGAGGUACCCUCCGCGCUGAAACCAAACAUACCUGUCUCUGGGAGAGCCGCAGCACUGUGGAGCAGACCUGUCCGCACACCUAUCACUACCUGCCGCAGAGUUCUGUCCAGCCAGGUGAGACACCUACAGUCUGCCAACAGAAUGCCUGAGAUCACCACAGAUCACCUGGACGAGAAGCAGGUGCAGCUGCUGUCUGAGAUGUGCAUCCUCAUCGAUGAGAACGACUGCAAGAUUGGAGCUGAUACCAAGAAAAACUGCCACCUCAACUCCAACAUCGACAAAGGUCUAUUACACAGAGCUUUCAGCGUCUUCAUCUUCAACAGUGAGGAGAAGCUGCUCUUACAACAGCGAUCCGACGCCAAAAUCACUUUUCCAGGCUGUUUCACAAACACAUGCUGCAGUCAUCCUUUACACACAGACAGUGAGCUUGAGGAGAAGGAUGCUAUAGGAGUGAGGAGAGCUGCUCAGAGGAGACUCAAAGCUGAACUGGGAAUCCCCAUGGAACAGGUGACUCCAGAUGAAAUGACGUAUUUGACAAGAAUCCACUACAAGGCUCAGUCAGACGGUGUUUGGGGAGAACAUGAGAUUGACUACAUCCUCUUCAUGCAGAAGGACGUGGAGUUGAGUCCAGAACCCAACGAGAUCAAAAGUCACUGUUACGUGAGCAAGGAAGAGCUGAAGGAGAUGUUGGAGAAGGCCAAGCGCAAGGAGCUAGAGAUCACACCCUGGUUCAGCCUCAUCGCAGAGACCUUCCUCUUCAAGUGGUGGGACAACCUGCAAAACCUCAAACAGUUCAUGGAUCACAACAACAUCCACCGCAUGUAAAAAAAAACAGAACCAGGAUCAUCAGGCUCUGCCUCCAGUCCUGUCAAACCUUUGGUUGUUACAGUUCUUACCUCCCAACCUUUACACAUCGAAAAAUAAGUAUCACUGGCUGCUUUUGUUAAGGCAGUGGUGAGUGUAGGAUUCCUGCACUAAGAGAGGAAGCAGAGAAUGUUUUAGCCUCACUGAAUGUAGGAGGUGACAUGGUUCACAGUUAGGUUUGUAGCCCUCAGGUGCGUCUACACUGAGGUGAUGCUGGUAGAGCAGGACGUGAGUGGACUAGAGUGCAUCAGGUAAUCCAUUCUGAUAAGCUGCAUACUGGAUUCACAGCCUAAAUAGAAGACAUCUAACAUGUUAAUUUAUCAGACAGAAAAAUAAGAGAAUAGCCUAUUUUUAUAUGAAAAUGUAAAGUGCCUGAGUACAGGUCUUUAGGCUGAGAUGAAUAGUGUCCAAGUCACAACCACCAUCACUCUGUAUUUUGUUGACAGUGAUGUCAGUGAACAAGCUGUAUCUUUGUACUCUUUUACACAAUAAAGUAUUUGAUUGUGGUCACUA